AUGAAAACACUGAUUAAAUCAUUAGUACUAUGGAAAACUAGUGGCACAACAUUAAAAACAAAAACAACCAUCAUAAACACCUACUCACUAUCACCAAUAACAUAUUUAUCAUACCUUGAAGAAUUUACAAAAGAUGAAGAAAUUCAAAUUAAUAAAUUAAUCUCAUGGUUUAUGAAUUCUCCCGCAAAUUCUGAAUCACCAACUCUAAUACCAAUUCCAUUAAAAACAACACAUCAACCAUCCAUUCCGUGCAAAAAUACCUUUGAUGUGUUAUGA